AUGGCGUUCGGAGAUUAUCCCAAGGAAUAUAAUCCUUCGGUUCAUGGGCCUUACGAUCCAGCUCGCUUUUAUGGCAAACCCGACACUCCUUUCGGUCAGGUGAAGAUAAGUGAAAUCGGAUCAUGGUUGGCACGCCGCAACAAGACUCCUUCUGCUUUUAUGGGGGCUGUCAGCCGUGCAUGGUGGAGGUGGCAGCACAAGUAUGUACAGCCUAAGAGGGUUGGAAUGGCUCCAUUCUUCCAGCUGCUGGUAGCCAACAUGGCAUUCUUCUACGCAAUCAACUACGGAAAGAUCAAGCACCACAGGAACUACAAAUACCACUAA